CACCAUUCACGACCCCACCCCCUCCUCGUGUGCUUCUCUCUUCUCUCGCUUGGGCUACAUCUGUGACUCGCAUACCCCAUCGUCUCAAUCAGGUCGACUAUAGGGAGCACUCGGAACUCCACAAGACGUACAUAGACACUUUGUCGUGAUCCAACAUGUCGUUAGCUCAAACGCUCAAGGGUAAGACGGCCUUCAUCACCGGUGCUUCUCGGGGCAUAGGACUCUCCAUAGGUCGGGCAUUGGCUUCACGAGGAGCAAACGUGGUGGUAGCUGCCAAGUCAGCCACACCGCAUCCCAAACUGCCCGGCACUAUUCACACAGCAUCCAAGGAGAUCGAUGAGAUUGGAUCUCAAUCGGGCAAUGGGGUCAAGGGCUUGGCCAUCCAAUUGGAUGUGAGGGAUGCGGAGAAAGUCCACGAGGCUUUCGACAGCGCUGCACAAAAGUUCGGUGGCAUUGAUAUAGUGGUGAACAAUGCAUCUGCGAUCAACAUGCAACCCACAGCGCAGAUACCAGUCAAGGCAUUCGACCUGAUGUCAUCCAUCAACUCUCGCGGAACAUUCCUCGUAACUCGCUCCUCUCUGCCCUAUCUGGAAGCCUCUUCAAAAGCAGGCAAAAACCCGCACAUUCUCACGCUCUCUCCUCCCUUGCAUACCGGCCUGCUCUCCCCAUCGGGCGGAUCUUGGCCCGCUCAGUUCGCCCAGACUGGCUCAGCAUACACUGUGUCCAAGUUGGGCAUGUCAUUGGUCUCUUUGGCUGUCGCGGCAGAGACCAAAGGUAGGAUCGGUGUGAAUGCGCUAUGGCCUUACACGAUGAUCGGAACGAGCGCCAUGAAGAUCGUUAGCCCGAAUGCAGAGACGGAAGAGAAGAGGUGGAGAUCGCCGGAAAUCGUGGCGGAUGCUGCUGCUAGAAUUAUAGAGCAAGACGGGUCAAAGUUUACCGCACAAUUCCUGCUAGAUGAAGCCUACCUGCGCAGCUCGCACAACUUCACAGAUGAGCAGAUCCGCAAUUAUUCCCUAGGGGGCGCAGACUGGCCCUUGGAAGAUCUGGCAGAGGAUCUCUACAUCUCUGACUCUAUGCGUCAAGAAGUGCUCGAUAGUCGAAGGUCAUGAGCCGGAACGUCCUUCUUCACGCUUCCUCUCUCGUCUCUUUGGUGCAGCUGGGUGGGCCUGCUAAUCCAGGGUCAAUUUUCUCGAGCACACCCCUUUCGACGUCAGAGACAAGCCGUGUGCAAGCAUUCCCGCGGUCUUGGGCAAUGUACGGUCAUCGUCAACCCUACACACGUCACGAAGCUCGCGCAAGAGGAAGGACAAAACGCCGUCAUACAUUCACUCCUGUGCUUCUAGCGUUAUGAUACUCU